AGAAAAUUGUAGUGAAUGUGAACGUCAAGGAAAAGGUGAAGGGAAUGCUAUCGUUUUAAAGAGCGAACUAUUCUUUUCAUUAGUCGGGAGAACAGACAUGAUAUGAGUGACAAAGAUGAAAACUGACCCGUCACAUUUUGUGUUAGGUAUGAUUGAGAAUGCUGAGUGACCUGCAAGAAUGACCUUUAACUGACAUCGGUGAUAUCAGUGGUUGUGCACCAUUCGGCUUCACCAUGGGAGUCAACUCCUCCUUUCCGGAGAGUUCCCAGCAGGUGGCUCGAGCCGCCUUCUCUAGACUUGCUCAUGCCUAUACAGUAUCUGAUACAGAUAUAAAUGUUCGCGAAAAGAAGAAAAAAGCCUCAAAGUUUGCAACAUUACGGAAGAAACUAACGAGAGCUCGGCGACACAGCCGAUCUCUGGAUUACGGAAAGGCAUUGCGUGACCUCACUUCAUCCUGGUCCCUGGCUGAAGUCAAGGCUCUGAUACAGGAGUACGAAGCGUUGGCUUCUCUGAAGGAGGUGGCUCUGGCAGCCAAUCUUGCUAGACCUCCAGCCAGUUCCUUCCGUCAGGAUUUGACAAACUUGUUCGAUAAAAAGUUCUCUUCAGAUGUCGACCUUGUGUAUCGAGGGGCAUGUUUUCCGGCCCACCGGGCGCUCUUGUCCAUGAGGAGUCCGUACUUCAGAAACCUGUUGAGUAGGUAUCCAGACUUUAAUAUGCAGGUUCCCAUCAACUUCAGAACAGCAGGAGUCGAUGUGACCUUGUUCGCGUCGCUUCUACGUUACCUGUAUACUGACUCCAUAAAGACAGAGGAUUUAAAACACGAACACAAAAAAGUGCUAAUAAAGCUGGUAGAGGAGUUUGGAAUGCCGAAUCCUCUAGAACAGGACUUACGGAAUCUGUUAGACACUGGUGACUAUAGGGAUGCUGUGCUAGUAUUUUCCUGCGACUUAGUGGCAGACAUGCCUGAUCCAAUGUCUGUAUCGAUGACUGAGUCAUACACUAGCAAUGACUUUCCUUGCAAAACGACCCAGCAUGAACUCUACUGCCAUAAAGCUAUACUGGCUGCUCGGUCACCAUCCUUUAGGAACCUUCUACUGAGGAGAGCUCGGUCAGGGGAGGAAAUCACUGACCGUACUUUACAUACACCUACUAGAAUUGUGUUGGACGAAUCGGUCAUUCCUAGGCGUUAUGCGAGAGUGUUAUUGAAUGCAAUAUAUCAGGACACGGUAGAUUUGUCGUUAAUACUACGGGGAAGUGCAAGUAUGUGUAGUCUGAGCGAGGCUCAAGCAAUCGUGGCAGGCAAGGGACAGAUGACCAUAGUAGAUGAGGCCAUGGAGGUGUACCAAAUAGGGCAGUUCCUUGACUUCCCAAUCUUGUCACAGGGUUGUGAAGACAUCAUAGUGGAAAAUAUUGGCAUAGACAAUCUGAUCAACAUCCUCAACUGGAGUUCUGAGCCCCACGGUUCCCAGUGGGUCCACCGCCAGGCACUGCACUACCUGAGGGAGGAGUUCCUACAAGUCAUUCACUCACCUGUUCUUCUGGAUCUCAGUAAAGAGUACCUAAUAGAGGCACUGAGUUCAGACUUCCUACAGGCAGGAGAAUUGGAUGUCCUAACAGCCGUCCUGAAGUGGGGAGAACAUCAGCUGAUUCGCCGUAUAGAGGAGAGAGAACCCAACUUACUGAGUCACACCACUCACAGUAUAAGCAAGAAAGGUGUCAAGAAGAGAGAUUUAAAUGACAUAGAACUGAGGGACAUCUUGGCAGAGUUACUUCCCCUGAUUCGUGUCGACCAUAUCAUUCCUUAUAAUUGUGAAGUACUUAAUAGUGCAAUAAAGCGGGGUUUGGUGAGCACGCCUCCCUCCCACAUGUUGGGAGACGAGGCGACGGGGGGACAGAGAGUUUGUGCCUGGAUCAGAAGUAAACACAAUGGCAUGUUUAUGAGACCGCGCAUCUUCACACCCUACUUUGAAGAAGCUAAGUCCAUGCGGGAUGAGUUUCUGUCGCAGGGCCAGGACUCGGACACUGGACGAGUACGGACAAUCCAGAUGUCAGCCAUCCCCGACACACUGUACAUGGUGGACGAAACACACUAUCCUCAGGCCUCUGGUUACCAGGGCUUGACCAGUAGUUCAACGGUUGACAUAAUCGCAGGCACCAUUCCAGUACCAGACUCCAACACCUUAAAGCUGAUGCUUCAGAGAGAACAGGAGCUCCAGAGCAGCAAGUUAUGUCAGCGUGCAACCAGUCUGGCUUACAGCGACAGACGUGCCAUCAACUGCCAGCUUCAACUCAGGACAGUACGGGAGUUUGGUCUACCAGACAUCACCAUUGAAAUAUUACAGAACAGUCAAAGGUAUUACUCUAAUAGUGAGUCUGUGCCGGCAUCACUGCAGCUAAGACAAGGUCGGCGUUAUCACUCCUCCCCAGUUCGGCGGAAAAACAGUCCACCGCUGAGCCGCCACAGCAGCAAGAUGGGAAGCCCUACCAAGCCUGUAGUGUCUGUUACUUCCAGCCGCACCCAGCCCAGCAGGUCAAAAGAGUCCAACACCAGUCCUUGUAGUGACAGUGCCUUAAGUGACGUUAUGCCCGACAUUGCUAUGGCAACCUCCUCCAUGGGACAGGUCCGCGUUCAGGAAGAGUUUGAGCUGGACAUUGGUGAUGGUAACAGUCACCAUGGCACCAUGUAUAUUUGAUCACAUUUACGACAGAAACGGUCGCCAUAUGGUUCCUUAUAUUUGAUCACAUCAGCAACAGAUGCAGUUACCAUGGUUCCUUAUACAUUUGACAAAACCGGAAAAUGAAAACGGUUACUAUGGUUUCUAGUAUUUUUGAUCACGUCAGGGGCGGAAACUGUCGUAAGGGUACCAUGUAUAUCUAAUAACAUUGGAAACUGAUUGUGAAGAUUUGUUUUUUUAAGUUGAGAAUAUAUGGCUAUUGUUUGUAGACAGUAGAUUAAAGAAGAUAGCGGUACUUAUUACCCUUGGCUGUUAAUUUCACGUCUAGGUAUAAAGUUGUACAAGUGUGACAGGUGAUUGUAUCUGUGUUAGGGUUGACACGUAACAGAUGAUGCUAAUAGAAGGCGGUCAAUAUAUCUCUGUGUUAAUUACCGAGCAGGGUAGUUAAUCAACAAAAUUGAGUGUAUAUUUUCUCACCAUUUGCAGGCAAGUUAUUUUUAUUAAACUCAAAGCGAUGACAACAUGAGUGUGAAAUUGCCUUCCUUUCUUGAAAUGUACUUUCUUUGGUAAGGACAUGUAUACCAGGUAUUCAUUUACUAGCUAAAAUAAUACGAAAAAAAGGUUACUCUGAAGGUGCUUUUUUGAGGUUUUAAACGCAUACAUACAAAGUUCUUGUUUCACAAAUUAGCUGAUUGAGUUAAGGUGUUUGUGAUUUUUCUUUUUUUUUUUUUUUAAUUUGAUGAUCGAUUUUUUUGUUGUUAUUUUUCUUUGUACCUUUAUCUUUUAGUUUGUCUAUUUCUUUCAUACAAAUUGAAAACAUCAACAAAUUUAAUUUAAAUUAGUUUAGAAUUUCUUUGGAAGCCAGCACUUUUAGACUAGGUAUGGAUCACAGUUUAAGACUGAAUGUAGAGGUAAAUUGCAUUUAGAUAUCUAAUACAGAAAUGUGUAAUUCUCCCAAAAAAUUGGACAAUAAAUGGCAUAUCUGUAUCAAAAGCAUGUCAAAAAAAAUGUAUAAAAUGUGAUGUAUAAUGUUGCAAACUUUUGACCUGAUACCACCCCAGCUAGACUGAACAGAUAUGUCUAAAAGAAUGAAAAUGUCUUUGGGAAGCUAAAUAACAAUUAAAUACCUAUUUUAUAUCAUGGGUAUUUUGAAAACAACAAAAUCUGUAUGUUAAGUUAUAUAUCUACAUGUAGGAUCUUACAUGAGUUUCCA